AUGAUGAAUAUUGGCCAAAAUGUGCAAUCGCCGCCGUCGAGCUGUGCCGCCUCGCCACGCAUUGGCAGUGUCACUUCGCCGACACUCAGCGCCGAGAGCGGUGCCUACCUCGAGCGGCCCAUGUCGCCAUGGUCCAUAGGGGAGGAAGGGCGUGCCGAGGCACAGAGCCUCGGGAGCCCCAGGAUCGCGGCACGUGUGCCGUCGCCGCCACCGCAGCGGGGCACGCCGCGGCGUGUGCUGUACAUGGAGCCGAGUGCUAGCACCAGCUCCUCACUUUCGUCGGGGCCGAGCGUCGCGGUGGCCCCGUCGCUCUCGAGCAUGCUCGGCGAGAGCAGCAGCGCCGAGGCGUACCAGUCGAUGCCUCCGGCGCCCGACGCGCCCAAAGAGGCGCCUGCGCAGAGCCGCUCGGACCUUGCGCGCUGGAUCCGGCGUGUAUCGAGCGCACCGGAUACCAAGGCACUCUUCUAUGGGCGCCGACCAUCGCAGCCGACGCAGGUUGUGCCCACCGACCUCGAUUCGGGCCAUGCGCCGCUGCCCGUUUUUGCGCCGCGCCACGAAGACGCAUUAAAAGCGUCGCACACCGCGUCGGCCACCUCGCCCAACGUGCCGCAAUCGGGCCCGGCCUCGCCGCGCAUGCCCGAGACGCAUGCAGAAGGCACCGCGUCGCCGCGUCGGGCUAAGCUUCUGCCGACGCUACGCACGAACCGCGCGCGGCACGUCUCUGAGAUGCCGGCGCCGGAAGCGCCCAGGCCGCGGGGCAUCUCGCGCCUGUUCAAGUCCAAGAGCUCCGGGACACUGCGCCAGGUCUCGGAAAAGCACCGCACCGAGAUUCCGCCCGUGCCCCCGAUCCCCGCACAAGAGGUACGCGUGCCGCCCGUGUCGCGCGUCAAGACGGUGCACUCGGCGGUGUCUGCGCAGAGCUUCCAGCACAUCAAGCUGCUUGGCAAAGGCGAUGUGGGACGCGUGUACCUUGUGCAAGAAAAACAAGGCAAGCGACUCUACGCGAUGAAAGUCUUGUCCAAGGCCGAGAUGGUCAAGCGCAACAAGAUCAAGCGCGUGCUUGCCGAGCAGGCGAUUCUUGUGUCGUCCAACCAUCCGUUUAUCGUGCCUCUAUACCACACCUUCCAGUCGAAGGACUACCUCUAUCUCUGUAUGGAGUACUGCGCGGGCGGUGAGUUCUUCCGCACGCUCCAGUCGCGGCCCGGCCGCUGCCUCUCGGAGGAAGACGCAAAGUUUUACGCGGCCGAGGUCGUCGCUGCACUCGAGUACCUGCACCUGAUGGGCUUCAUCUACCGCGACCUGAAGCCCGAAAACAUCCUGCUGCACCACACGGGGCACUUGAUGCUCUCCGACUUUGACCUCUCGGCCAAGUCGGUGCAGCAGGGCGGAGCGGCGCCGGCCAUGUUCCAGGCGUCGCCGCGUGCGAUGCCGCUGGUCGACACGCGCUCGUGCAUCGCAGACCUGCGCACCAACUCGUUUGUCGGCACCGAGGAGUACAUCGCUCCGGAAGUGAUCAAGGGGUGCGGCCACACGAGCGCCGUCGACUGGUGGACGCUCGGCAUCCUUAUCUACGAAAUGAUCUUUGCAACGACACCCUUCAAGGGGACUUCGCGGAACGCCACCUUUGCCAAUGUCUUGCGCAAGGACGUGACUUUUAAGGAAGGCACGCCGAUCUCGUCGCAGGGCAAGGCGUUCAUCCGCAAGCUCCUUGUCAAGGACGAACACAAGCGCCUCGGCUCGCAGCUCGGCGCGGGCGAGGUCAAGCAGCACAAGUGGUUCGUCAACCUCUCGUGGGGCCUCUUGCGCAACAUGACGCCUCCGAUCGUCCCGACCGAGGUGAACGUCGCACAGAUGGUCCAGGAAGCGGCAGAGAACCCGGUGAGGACCCUCGACUGGGAGCACCAGGAGACGCUCGAAACGCACGACGUACCGGCGCCAGACUCGCCCCGCCAGCCAUUCCACGCGUUCAGCAACGUGUCGCUUCAGCGAUAG